AUAUAAUUAACUAUUGAUUUGAAGUUUAUUUUUGUCAUUAAAAUUGCAUUCAUUUCGUGUAAUCAGUGAUUAGUGUCUCUUAUGUUUCAAUUGUUUAAUAAGUUUCACAAAAAAAUCAAUUGUUUUGUCGAUAUCUGUGAUGACAAAUGAUAUCCAAAACAACAAUUACUGUCCAUUCAAUCCGUCGGUAAUGUUAUUAACGCAUUCAAUGUAUUGACGGAACCGUUAUCUCAAUGUUUGGACCGAACUUUAGUCUCGUAUUUAGUACUUGUAAUUCAAUAGAAAAGCCAAACAGUCAUGUCUUCGGCACCCAAUUGGUCACAAAACUACACGAAUAACUUGAACUCAGGCCAUGUGUCCACCGAAAUGUUGGCCCCGUUUCAGUCCACUGAUGGCAUGUCCGGCGGCGGCGGUAACGCUGUUAUGCCGACGACGCAGAUAGAGAUGACCAUUUCGUGCCGUAAUUUACUCAAUAAAGAUAUACUCUCGAAGUCUGAUCCUUAUUGUUCGGUUCAGAUGAAAGACUCGUGGAGUGAGAAGUUUGUUGAAAUCGGUCGGACAGAGACAGUGUUGGACAACUUGAAUCCUGAAUGGGUUAAGAAGUUUGUUAUUAGCUAUAACUUUGAAACGGUUCAAAAGUUACGGUUUGAAGUCUGGGAUGUGGAUCCCGAUGGCCGAGAAUUUUUGGGUCAUUUUGAAACUACUUUAGCCGAAAUCGUGGCCUUUUCUGGCCGACAAUUUGUCGGCAAACUCUCAGGUAUUCCCAAUCAAGACUGUGGAGAGAUUAUUAUUGUGACCGAAGAGUUGUCUGCGUGUAAACAGAUCGUUCAAAUGCAGUUCAAAGCAAAGUCUUUGACCAAAAUAUCGUGGUUUUGGCGAAACGAUCCGUUUCUUGUGUUCUCACGAUCUAAUGAAGACUCGACCUUUUCAGUGGUGCUUAAGAGCGAACCGGUCUCUUCCACACAAAACCCGGUUUGGCUGCCAAUCAAUAUGAGAGUCAGAACUUUAUGUAAUGGAGAUUAUGACAGAACCAUUAAAAUUGAUUGCUAUGAUCACAGAUCAAGUGGUGAUCAUAGACUCAUUGGUAGUUGUCAUACAAGUCUCAGAGAUCUAGUUAAGGGUCCAAAUGAAAACUCUUAUUCAUUAAUGCAUUCAAAGAAACAGAAGAAUAAAAAUUAUACAAAUUCUGGACUUCUUGAAUUGGUUACCAUUGCAGUGACAGAAGAGAUAACUUUCUUGGAUUACAUUCGUAGUGGUACUCAAAUGCAUUUUGCAGUUGCAAUAGACUUUACGGCAUCUAAUGGUCCGCCAAGAGAUCCACAAUCGUUACACUUUCUGGACAUUUAUGGCGGUCGACUCAAUCCUUAUGAAAUAGCGUUGAGAAGUGUCGGUGAAAUCAUACAACACUACGACAGCGCCGGAAUGUUUCCUGCCUUUGGAUUCGGUGCUAAACUUCCUCCGACGGGUGAAGUUUCACAUCAGUUCCCAUUAAAUGGUAAUUCCUCUCAUCCCUAUUGUAGUGGAAUUCCAGAAAUUCUUAAUCAUUAUCGAAACCGAUUGGCUUCCGUCACAUUGUAUGGUCCGACAAAUUUUUCUAACGUUAUUAACAAUACGGCAUCAAUUGCCAGACAAUUUCAAGACGGAAAACAUUAUUUUAUUUUAUUGAUUAUAACUGAUGGCAUCAUUUCCGAUAUGCAUCAAACCAAGAAUGCUAUUGUCAAUGCAUCCAAAUUACCCAUUUCUAUCAUUAUUGUCGGUGUCGGUAAUGCCGACUUCGCAGCUAUGGAUGAGCUCGACUCGGAUGAUGUAAGACUACAAGUAGAUGGAAAGUAUGCCGAGCGAGAUAUCGUUCAGUUCGUGCCAUUAAAUAGAUAUCUAUCAAAAAAUGGUCCGUUUGUCAGAUCUCAGGCCGAUUUGGCUAAAGAAGUUUUGGCCGAAAUUCCCGAUCAAAUGACCGGUUAUAUGAAAUCGCGUGGAUUCAAACCCAUCAAAAUUGUGCCAACAGAUCCAUCAUCACAAACAACUACUACACAACCAAAUGCGCCAACAUUUUCAAUGUCUUAAAACAAACAAAAAUUCUUUCAUUAAAUUAACG